AGUUGGUUGCCAACUGCCAUAAAAAAAUCACCAGAAGAAGAAGGAGAACACGACUGCCGCUUUACUAAACUACCAAGUUAGUUAGUUGUUACAAACAUGGACAACUCUGGAAAAGAGAAGGAAGCCUCGGCUUUGAUGGCUGAGGCUGAAAAGAAACUGAAAUCAUCUCAGUCGUUUUUUGGGGCGUUGUUUGGAGGCUCGUCCAAGAUGGAAGAGGCCUGUGAUCUGUACGCCAGGGCUGCCAACAUGUACAAGAUGGCAAAGAACUGGUGUGCUGCAGGUAAUGCGUUCUCCCAGGCGGCCCGGCUCCACCUCCAGCUCCAGAGUAAACACGACGCUGCCACUAACUUCAUCGAUGCUGGAAACGCCUUCAAAAAAGCUGACCCACAAGAGGCUAUCAACUGUCUGAACCGAGCCAUAGAGAUCUACACAGACAUGGGACGGUUCACCAUCGCAGCCAAACAUCACAUCUCCAUCGCAGAGAUCUUUGAGACGGAGCUGGUGGACAUUGAUAAGGCGAUAGCUCACUAUGAACAGGCAGCAGACUACUACAAAGGAGAAGAGUCCACAAGCUCUGCUAACAAGUGCCUUCUGAAGGUAGCUACCUAUGUAGCGCAGCUGGAGCAGUACCAGAAAGCCAUAGAGAUCUAUGAACAGGUUGGGACCAAUGCGAUGGACAGCACACUGCUGAAAUACAGCGCUAAAGACUACUUCUUCAAGGCAGCUCUCUGCCACUUCUGUGUGGACAUGCUCAAUGCCAAACUGGCCUUGCAGAAGUAUGAAGAAAUGUUCCCUGCCUUCUCAGAUUCUCGAGAAUGUAAACUGGUAAAGAAACUUUUAGAUGCGUAUGAAGAACAGAAUGUUGAUGUAUAUACCGAUGCAGUGAAGGAAUAUGACACUGUCUCCAGGUUGGACCAGUGGCUGACCACUAUGCUCCUCCGCAUCAAGAAGACCAUACAGGAGGAUGAGAGUGACCUGCGUUAAUGUUCCUGAUGUCCCCAGACCCCCAAACCCCUCCCCAGACCCCCAAACCCACC